GUUCAAUGACGUCAUCGUAAUUAUAUCCACUGACCCUGGUAACUGUGAUCGAAGAGAUGAUCUCUCUCCGGUCCAUGGCCAUAUCCUGAUAGCUGAGUCUUCACUGUGCCACACCUGCCACCAGAGUUUUACAGACUGGGACAUCCCACAUUUCUAGGUGCUCGCAAUGGCAGACGCUAGACGGUGUCGACCAGAAGACGUUAAAAGGACGGAGCGGGAUGAGAUGGUGUUCUUCGAUGUUAAGGCACUGGCAGAAAAGAGGGCCAUGAAUGUGGAGAAUGUCUACAACAUCACACAGCUCCCUCCCCCGUCGCCCGAUCUCACUUUGGGGCAAAUAAAACGGCGAAACUCUAAAAUCAAACGAGUUCACCAAGAGGAAAAGAAAAUGUCCAGACAGAUGGAACAGCGCCUGCAGGACAUUUCCAAUAUAUAUCGGGUUGCCAUACCAUCCAUGUCUGACAGUUACCACCGUGAUAGCACCAGAAGUUCUGUCAGUCGCCUGCCACCGUUGUCGCCGACUGGGGGAAUGAUAUCGGCCACACAUCCACAGGGCCAAACGCGCCGGACCCCUGCUAAUCCAGAGCUAGCUAAGGGCUCCAUGUUCCGCGCAACCAUGGCGGGACGCACUCGCACGUCCAGUUCUUAUCGGGAGUUCGUCGGUCGUCUGUCAUAUCUCAUUAACCAGAGUCGAGAGAAGAUGACCAAACUUUACGGAAACUCCAAUCUGUCCCUAGUUAUGGAGUUCCUCGGAAAGGAGUGUCCUGACCAUUGCGUGUACCUCGACUCCAGUCCCAGUGACAAGAUGGCGGCCUUCCGUCAGCAGCAGUUUUGUAUAAGCACCACAGUCCGGAAAAUACUCAACAACGAGGCCAAGAAAAAACGACUUUCACUUUUGUCUUCAAAGUAGUUGUUGCAAAAAGAGAAAAUAAACGAAAUAUUCAAGUAAGAAAA